CAGAAUCAACGAGGACUGAUUCAUCGCCGCACAAACGGACAAAAUUUUUCUCUUCACUCCUCAAAAUAGCGGCGCUCCAUAUGCAUCUCCGGUGAUUUUACGACUUUGAUUAUUCUCCAUUCUCCUCCGCAGAGAAAACAACUAAAUCCGGUUUGCUCGCAAAGCUUUCUACACAACGCAUCGCCCGGCCGUUGCGAUCAGUCACUUUGGCCGGCGAGAGCUGGAAUUGGAUCGAAGAGCUCGUAUUAAUACAAGCUUCAACCGGCGGCCAUUGAAAACUAAAGCAAUGCAGUGUCGCGAUGAUGGCACCAGCCUUCCGGGCAAAAAGGCUCCAAAUGCUCGAUCGCUGAGGAAGCGUCAUAAACCUAGUCCCACUACCACCAGUGCCGCCCGAUUACUGCCGUUAGGGAGGUCGCAUGCUGCAGAUGGAGAAGAAGAACAAGGUAGCUUGGAGGGUUGGUCUUGCGUACAAACAGAUGAUCUUCACGAAAAUUCAAAAGAUGCUGCAGAAUUAAGUCAAGAUGGAGAGCGCAAAAAGCCACGGAGCUCCUCUACAUUAUCCAUAAGCACUGGCUCCCUACAGAAUCUUGGAACAGAGUCAUCAAGCCCAGAUCAAGCUCACCAUGUUGGUGUGAGUCGGAGACACUUACACGCCUAUCGAAACGCCAGCAGAUAUCCUCCUGUCACGAAAGAUUCACUCAGCGAGCUCGACAUUGUCAUGAUCAUCAACAAUCCCAAACUACGACAUGAUGUCAACUUCGAUCGCGCUCUACACUUUCGACCAAAUGAUGAUGGUGAGCAAGGAUUGUUGAAGAAAGGGCUGGCAGAGCAAUAUUGGCUCGCUCUUGUACCGGAACUUACAGUCCUUGUAUUAUCUGAUCUCGGAGACGGUGUCAGUCCAGCUCAUAAUGCAAAGUUAGACUUCAAGUCACUUCAGAAGCUUGUAAAAGAGGGACCCAAACGAGUGCCGAUAAUGCUGAGGGUCAUCAAGGACAUUUUAAAAACACUCGUUCCAGAGCGAGACCACGGUAUUCUCGACGAGACACUGGACGUGCCGUUAAUAAUGCAACAAAUCCAACGCCAUACUUGUGACCUGGCAAAACUUUCUCAGUGGCUUGCCACCUUGCUCAAGACGCAUUGUGCACCAAUGAGAGACAGCUGGGUCGACGACAUGGUGGGAGAAAUUGGCAAAGGCCUCCAGAUUGGCGAUAUGAAUAUUCUGGUUGAUGGACUACGGCUCCUUUUUGGCAUCCUUGAAGCAAUGAAGCUGGACGUAGCAAAUCAUCAAACCAGAAGCCUCAGGCCACUCCUGAUCGAGGAUACUAUCAAUUUUGAGCAAAGAUACUUUUUGUCGAAUAUUGCUAAUCUGCAGAUUGGCAUUCGCCAUGCAACGGAUUGGUAUCGCAACACUGGGCUUACUCUCCGAUCGCAAUUAACCCGACGAAAAGGCGCUGAUAAAGAGCCGCACCUUGCACGAUUUUUGGAUGCACUCAUAGCUACCACCUUCUCCGCAACAACCAUACGUCGCCUGCCCGACCCAUUUCGGUUCGAUGCCGAGCGCAUUCAAUUGCUGCAUGCAGACAUUCGUGGUACCAUAAUGUUGGAUAUUUGCUCACGUCUCUAUUCGUGUCUCCUACAGUCAUCGGGCUACAAUCGCCCCACGACAGGCCAGACGAUCAAUUCAUUACAUGAUUCCAUUAUCAGCAUAGUAACUACCGGCGAAUCCUCGGCAAAAUGGACAGGAGACGCCGGUAAUAUUGCUUCCGAAAUUGUCCGCUUUGCCAGCAAGACUUGCAACAUUAGCAUACCGUCGCAAUGCGAUUAUGUCGAGCAAUUGGAACGCCACUUGAAAGAUGGAUUCAGGCAGGAUUCGGAAUUAUAUGUGGCAUCACAAUUGCGUUUGGAGGAGAGAUUGUCGCUACUGGUCGAUGAAUACGUCCAGACAUGCUCGAGUCUUUCCGAAUUGGAGAUCUUCAACCUUGCGGACCCUCGAAAAGUCGGCCAAAUAAGUGACGUGGGCUUUCGCGGACUUAAUGAUAUUGCGGUUCGCCUGGCUCACAUCGGCAUCCUUCAUUGGCGAGUAUGGGGCCCGCUGCUCUACGCUCGUGCGAAUCCCGAACUCUCUGGCUGCAACGAUGCAGGGGACAAUAGGGACCAUCCAGCAGUGUCAUCUCGGCAGCACUAAAGCUUGAACACAUGAGGAAGACACGAGAAGCAAUUGAAGGGCCCAUAUUAGAAGAUGUCAUUAAAGGACUCCCUCGCCCAAAUUUUUUUUCCCCUUUCAAACGUCAUUUAGCAAGCGUUCAUUGUAUUCUGUUCAAUUACUCCCAUGCCUUAUAUCCAUUUUAAUUUGCAUAGCGUUUGCGUUUACAUUCUAGCUUUUACUUUCUCAUCAUUGGCGCAGCAUAAGAGCGAAGGCGCAAGAUCGGAUUCAUUUCUGUCUUUCCUUUAUUUCCUUUUUUCCCCGUAGCUCAUCACAUUUAGGCGAUUAUUCCACGAGCGGUUUCGCUGGCC